AAAAUUGAUCAGUAAAAAUAAACCAAAUAAAUAAAAAAUAAAAAAUCAAUACGAACGAAACACACUUUUCAUUUCCCUAUCCUCUUAACUACCAUCUUCUUAUUUGCACAUAAUAUAUCUCAUUAUCCUAUCCCCCUUAACCCACGGCGCAUUAUAGCAACGCCGCCGCACAAAAAAUGAAACAUCCAGUUUCCGAAGCGAACGAGUCAAGUCCAUUCGGCUCACUGAGUCAAUCCGAGUUCUACUCACACCACUCAGUAGCUCACAACUCGGAGUACAUCACAAAUUCACGAGGGUUAAAGCUCUUCACUCAAUGUUGGUCCCCACUUCCACCUACGACAAUCUCCGGAGUUGUUUGCGUUGUACAUGGAUUCACCGGCGAAUCUAGCUGGUUCGUUCAGCUCACAGCCGUUCAUAUAGCGAAAAACGGGUUCGUAGUGUGUGCAAUUGAUCAUCAAGGUCAUGGUUACAGUGACGGUUUAAUAGCUCACGUACCUGAUUUAAACGCCGUCGUUGAUGAUUGCAUUAGCUUCUUCGAUGAAUUCCGUAAUCAACAGCAUCUGGAUCUGCCGUCGUUUCUAUACGCGGAGUCGCUUGGAGGUGCGAUCGCGCUGCUCAUUACGAUGAGAGAUGGCGAGAAGGCUCCGAAGAGGAAGUUUGAUGGAGUUGUGUUGAAUGGUGCUAUGUGUGGGAUUAGUGAAAGGUUUAAACCGCCAUGGCCAUUGGAACAUUUGCUUGGUAUUGCUGCGGUUUUGAUUCCAACUUGGCCCGUGGUUCCCACGCGCGGCUCGUUGCCUAUGGUUGCAUUCAAGGAGGAGUGGAAAAGGAAGCUAGCAAUAGCAAGUCCAAAGAGGCCACUUAUAAGACCACGCCCUGCGACGGCGCGUGAGUUAAUGAGAGUAUGUAAGGAGCUAAAGGGGAGAUUUGAAGAGGUCACGGUGCCAUUUCUGAUAGUUCACGGUGGCGAUGACAUCGUCUGUGACCCCGCGUGUGUGGAGGAGUUAUACACCCGAUCGACCAGUAAGGACAAGACGCUGAAGAUAUACCCCGGAAUGUGGCAUCAGCUGGUGGGAGAACCGGAGGAGAAUGUUGAGGAAGUGUUCGGAGAUGUCAUCCAGUGGCUUAAGACAAGAGCCGAGGGAGUGACCGAUGAGAAGAGUGCCACGGAGGGUGGCGCGUGAGGAAGUUGGCGCGUGUGGGAAUUGGUUUGGGAUGUUGAUAAAAAUUAGUUACAAAAUGAGCAAAUAGUGUGUGAUGAAGUCAGUUAGCUGGACCAACAAUAAAUUUGUACAGGAUGGCCAUUUACCUGAAUCUUUAUUAGCCAUAUGAACUAUUUAAACUUGUAUUAAUGCAAUACAUGAUGAUUUAAGCUAUUUGACAUUAAAAUUUUUAUAUUUUCUACUGA